UCCCGGCUGUCACUACAUCCAAUUCACAUGCGUCAUUCCAACUCCUCGCUGUUACCAUCCACUAUCCUCGACAACUGCUCAAAUAUCUCAUCCUCUCUCCAUUCUCAAACAGAAUAUCCCUAUCUCUCUCUCACUUUCCCUCACCAUUAAACAAAACCUAGCUAGGUAUCAGGGGGAAAAAUGAGAGAGAUCUUACAUAUUCAGGGAGGCCAGUGCGGCAACCAAAUUGGCUCCAAAUUCUGGGAGGUUAUCUGUGAUGAGCAUGGCAUUGAUCCUACCGGCCGUUACAAGGGCGACGAAGGAAGCGGCUCCGCCGAUCUCCACCUCGAGCGCAUCAAUGUUUAUUUCAACGAGGCUUCUGGCGGCCGUUACGUCCCUCGCGCCGUCCUUAUGGAUCUCGAGCCAGGUACCAUGGACAGUAUCAGAUCGGGGCCGUUUGGACAGAUCUUCAGGCCCGAUAACUUCGUGUUUGGACAGUCUGGUGCCGGAAAUAACUGGGCCAAAGGUCAUUACACCGAAGGCGCUGAGUUGAUCGACGCCGUUCUCGAUGUUGUUCGGAAGGAAGCUGAGAAUUGUGACUGUUUGCAAGGAUUUCAGGUUUGUCACUCACUUGGAGGCGGUACUGGUUCUGGCAUGGGAACUCUCUUGAUUUCAAAGAUAAGGGAGGAGUAUCCUGAUAGAAUGAUGCUCACAUUCUCUGUUUUCCCAUCGCCAAAGGUCUCGGACACAGUUGUAGAGCCAUAUAAUGCCACACUCUCUGUUCAUCAAUUAGUGGAGAAUGCAGAUGAAUGCAUGGUCCUUGACAACGAAGCACUGUAUGAUAUUUGUUUCAGGACCUUGAAACUCAGCACUCCAAGCUUUGGCGACCUCAACCAUUUGAUCUCUGCAACUAUGAGUGGAGUUACGUGCUGCUUGAGAUUCCCUGGGCAGCUGAACUCAGACCUUCGGAAGCUGGCUGUGAAUUUGAUUCCUUUCCCACGUCUUCAUUUCUUCAUGGUGGGAUUUGCACCGCUCACCUCUCGUGGGUCACAGCAAUACAUCUCUCUCACUGUCCCGGAACUUACUCAACAAAUAUGGGAUGCAAAGAACAUGAUGUGUGCUGCCGAUCCUCGCCAUGGACGCUACCUGACAGCCUCCGCCAUGUUCAGAGGGAAAAUGAGCACAAAGGAGGUGGAUGAACAGAUGAUCAACAUCCAGAACAAGAACUCAUCCUACUUCGUGGAGUGGAUCCCCAACAACGUGAAGUCAAGCGUGUGUGACAUUCCACCAACCGGCUUGAAGAUGUCGUCAACAUUUGUUGGAAAUUCCACAUCAAUUCAAGAGAUGUUUAGAAGGGUAAGCGAGCAAUUUACAGCUAUGUUUAGGCGCAAGGCUUUCUUGCACUGGUACACAGGGGAAGGGAUGGACGAGAUGGAGUUUACAGAGGCAGAGAGCAAUAUGAAUGAUUUGGUGGCUGAGUACCAGCAAUACCAAGAUGCCACUGCAGAUGACGAGGAAGAGUACAACAAUGAGGGCGAUGAAGAAUAUGAAGACUAAUUGCUGCUGCAUCCACAAGUCUUUAAUUCACUGAGUGCUGCUUCUUUUCUUUGUUUUUCUUAUCUCAUCUUCCUGAACUUGAUGGUAUGAUUGUUUGUUGUGCUUAAACGUGUCUCUUAAGAAUAUUUUUGGCUGGCUUUCUAAAAUAUAGUUUAUCAUUGCACUUUCAA